GAUGAUUUAUAGCCAGCAGUUCGCUAUAUUAUUAACCAUGCUCUCGAAAGCCGUUGGACCGACAGAGCGAAUAGCCGUCCCCCAAGCCGGACGGCGGCAAGCUGCUCGCCAGGUGCCUCGCGCUGGUGCUUCCACGAGAUCAGCGCCCCGCGUUACGUGUCGCGCGCGACGUGGCUUCCCGGACACUCGAAACCCCACCGCCGCUUAGCGACACGAGUUUAAAAAGGAGCCAGCGAUGAACUCCGCCACUUCACUCGAUCCCAAGACGAAGAUGGCCUCUGCACAGGCGCAACGGAAGGUUGGAAACCAAGAUGACGGCCUCCAUGGCGCCGAGCAGGAGGCGGUGCGCGCCACGGGGAGAGGCAAGAGCAAGGCGUCGGCGCGGAAGGUGACGUACGGCUUCCACCUGGUGGAGGGCAGGAUGCCGCACGGCAUGGAGGACCGCCACGUGGCCGAGUUCCGGCGCCUGGACGAUGGCAAUGAGGUGGGCCUCUUCGGCGUGUUCGACGGCCACUCGGGCGCCGACGUCGCCACCUACCUCCGGAACCACCUCUUCGACAACAUCCUCGGCGAGCCGGACUUCUGGGAGGACCCCAUGAAGGCGAUACGGCGCGCCUACCACCGCACGGACAGGAAGGUGCUCAAGAAGAAGAAGGUGACCGUCGACGGCCAGGAAAGGCCACGCCGCGGCGGGUCCACGGCGGUGACGGUGAUCCUCCUUAACGGGGAGAACCUGGUGGUGGCCAACGUGGGGGACUCCCGCGCCGUCGUGUGCGAGGCCGGCAGAGCGAGGCAGCUCUCCGUGGACCACGAGCCGCUCCGGGAGCGCGACGCCAUCGAGAGCAGGGGAGGCUUCGUCACAGAGAUGCAUGGGGACGUGCCUCGCGUGGACGCGUCGCUGGCGAUGUCGCGGGCGUUCGGUGACCGAAGACUCAAGGAACACAUCAGCUCUGACCCGGAUGUAACCAUCGAGGAUAUCAGCGACGACACCGAGUUGGUCGUCGUUGCCAGCGACGGGCUCUGGAAGGUGAUGUCCAACCAGGAGGCGGUGGACGAGGUCAGGGACACGCGCGACGCCCGGAAGGCUGCGGUUAAGCUCGUGGAUUCGGCGGUAGACCGGGGAAGCAAGGACGACAUCGCUUGCGUCGUCGUGCGCAUCCACUGACCUGCAACGAUGCUAUACUUAUACCAUCAUGUGGUUGUUCUCUGCCGCGUAGGACCAGUUUGUAGAAGCAAAAAGUCCAAAAUUAACCUUGAACUUUUAGACGAAAGCUAAAUCGAAUUGAAUCCUGAACUUGUAAUCUCGAUGUCUAUUUUAAACCUUCAGAGCAUUUUCAAA